GAGGGUCCAACUUCUAAAACCCUAUCCAUAUCUUCUCAGCAAAGUGACAUACAUUUACAUACUCGUGUAAGCAGCAAAAUGGCUUGGAAAAGGGGAUAGCGAAGAGCUGGGUUUUGCUUACCCUGUCUGUGCUCUGCAGAAAAUCAGUCAGUAUGAAGGGGUGGGGAUUCUUGAACGCAAUUGACUUCAAAAUUGACACUAAGGACUCUUUUCCCAUGCCAAAUAUGGAUUUUCUUGACUUGCCCAAAGAAUGUUUGGAAGGGGAUUGUCUCGAUGAAGGAGAUUGGGACGAGAAGUUCAAGGCUCUUGGGCCGAUUCCUUCGGAAGCUUUUAUGGGUCCAUCUGAAGUUUUUGGUGACAACACUGGCAAUGCUGCCUUGGUGCCUACCAUCUCUGGUCCGAGCGAGAAUUCACCCGGUGCAUUCCAAUCACCCAGCCCAGACUCAGUCCUCGAACGCAUCACCUCUGAAACACCCAUUGGGGUCCACAGUCGCACCAAGCGACGGUCUUCAACCACCAAGCCGUGGAGAGAGUUGUUGGCCCCCAUAUCGUCAACUUCCAAACGAUCAAGUGAAGUUUCCAAAAGGAAACCAAAGAAAAGAAAGUGGCUAUCAGAGCUAUCCAAUUCCUCUCAACGGUCUUCAGCAACUAAAAGAUGCUCGCAUUGCGCGGCUAAAGACACCCCACAGUGGAGGGAAGGGCCAAUGGGGCCCAAGACCCUUUGCAACGCAUGUGGGGUCCGGUAUAGGUCCGGCCGCCUCCUUCCAGAGUACCGGCCACUGGCGAGUCCUACGUUUGUUGAAUCUAUGCACUCAAAUUCCCACAAAAAGGUUAUCCAGAUGAGGGAGAAAGCUCUUCAAGGACCAACCAUAGAGUCUAUGCGCUCAAAUUCCCCGAGGCAGGUUGUUGAGACGGACAAGAAGGCUCUUCAGGGAGUUUUCAUUGAUAAGGAGAUAGACCCUCCAUCUUCGCCGCCACCAGAAUUUGUUCCUUUGAGUGGUUAUUUGUAUGAUUGCGUAUUAGGAAGUUCCGGGCAAUAUCCUUUGAAUGGGAGCUUGUUUCGUUGAUUCAUAUAGUUUCAGGACUGUGGGGGUUUUAAUGUUUUCUGUAAAAAUGCUGAAUGAAAGGUAGGAAAAUUAGAUGAUCGGAUCGUCGUUGUGAGGUAUAUGAUAGCAGCAGUCUCUCAGCAGAAGUGAACAGUAUUUAGUAGGGUUUUGACAUUGUAUCAGAGAAGUGAACAAUCUCAUUUUUUGGUGUUUCCAGAACAUUUUGAUG